CAGCUGGUGCCUCCGAAGGCGGCCGGCGGGCGGACGGGCUGGGGAGCUGGUGGCCGCCCGCGCCGCGCUGCGGGAGCUGCCACCGCCGCCGCCUCGCACCGCCGCACCAUGUCCGGCCAGCUGGAGCGUUGCGAGCGCGAGUGGCACGAGCUGGAGGGAGAAUUUCAGGAAUUGCAGGAAACCCACAGGAUCUACAAGCAGAAGCUGGAGGAGCUGACCUCACUCCAGACUUUGUGUAGCAGCUCCAUCAACAAGCAGAAGACGCGCCUGAAGGACUUGAAGCACACACUCCAGAGGUACAAGAACCAUGCCAGUCAGGAGGAGGCAGAGCUCAUUCAGCAGAUGAGCGCCAACAUCAAGGAGCGGCAGAACAUCUUCUUCGACAUGGAGGCCUACCUGCCCAAGAAGAAUGGGCUCUACUUAAAUCUCGUCCUUGGCAAUGUGAAUGUGACCCUUCUCAGCAACCAGGCCAAAUUUGCUUACAAGGAUGAGUAUGAGAAGUUCAAGCUCUACCUGACCAUCAUCCUGCUCCUGGGCGCUGUGGCAUGUCGAUUUGUCCUUCACUACAGGGUGACGGACGAAGUUUUUAACUUCCUGCUGGUGUGGUAUUACUGCACCCUGACAAUUCGGGAGAGUAUUCUCAUCAGCAAUGGCUCAAGAAUUAAAGGCUGGUGGGUGUCUCACCACUAUGUGUCCACGUUCCUCUCUGGAGUGAUGCUGACCUGGCCCAACGGACUAAUUUAUCAGAAGUUUCGUAAUCAGUUUUUAGCGUUUUCCAUUUUUCAGAGCUGUGUCCAGUUCCUGCAAUAUUAUUACCAGAGGGGCUGCCUCUACAGACUUCGUGCCCUGGGGGAGAGGAAUCAUCUGGACCUCACUGUGGAAGGAUUCCAGUCCUGGAUGUGGCGGGGCCUCACCUUCCUCCUGCCUUUCCUGUUCUGUGGUCAUUUCUGGCAGCUCUACAAUGCCGUCACGUUGUUUGAGUUCUCCAGCCACGAGGAAUGCAGAGAAUGGCAGGUGUUCGUGUUGGCGCUCACAUUCCUCGUCCUCUUCCUGGGCAAUUUCCUGACCACACUCAAAGUCGUGCACACGAAACUUCAGAAGAACAGAAACAAGGGGAAGAAGCUGUGAGCCAAGGGACCCGUGCGCCCCCCCCAGCCCCCCGGGGUUCAAGACUGCGGGGGGUGGGGUUCGGCUGGCACGAUCUCUCCCCACGGUGUCUGCGGCCACUGCCAGCAACCGGCCCAGGGGCCAGCGCGGGGCUGGGGGUGGCCAAGGCCCCGGUCCCCGGCGGACAAGGGCAACGUGACCCCUGCCUGUCCGCACAGCCUUCGCCCGCCCCAGCCUCCCCUGUUUAUGACGUAUUACUACGGGCUCCUCCCGACUGCCCUAGAACCUGCAGUCUUCCCUCGCUGCCGUCUUGGCUGCGGCUGAGCCUGGGUCAGUCUUCCUGGGGUGGGGGUGGGGGGGCCUAAAGCCUCAGGGAGCCCCUCAGAUUGGGGUCUGGGGUGCCCACCGGCUACUUCCUGAUCCCCAGCGGGCGGAAGGAAACCCCUCGGCGGCCUGUGGAGCCUCCCGCCCCGGGGCACACCGCUUCUGCUGUAAGCUCUCCACGCUGCUCCGUGGUGGGGCUAUUUAAGUUCUCGGAGAACCACUGUCUGUCUGUGCCUUGUGCUCUUUGCGCUCCCCGAGUCUCCAGCCUGCCGGCCACCUGCGCACAGCUGCCCUCCCUCCCCGACGGCGCGGCCCCCCGGGGUGGGCCCGAGGCUCAAGGGUUUGCGGUGACCACCAGAGGACG